CACCUGCAUCCCUAUCAUGUUUCUCGUUCAGUUGUGCCAGGUACUAAAAGAAACAACGUAGAUUUCCACACAGUAGAACAGGAGGCAGGGAGAGCUGUCCUUAAGUUGUUAGAUGCGAAAAUAGGCAAAAAGGUUAAUGACGCUGCGAAGGAAGUUACAGAUUUUCUAAACGACGCAGUUGGUCAUCAUGCAGAUCAAAGAGCAGCAAAUAUCCAGUCGGACAAACAAAAAGAAAUGUCACUUCUCCACCUCGGUGCCAAAAAAGUGUUAACGAAUCAGGAUGAAGAGAACAAACCUAAAAAGAACAAGGAUGGCUCUUUUCUUGUGAACUUUAAAAUCCCUUACAUUGUAACACCAGUUGAUGCAAAAAAGAAGCCGAAAGCAAAAAAAUUCCAUCACAAACACGCCAAGAAGCCACACUGGAAGAAAUAUCACCACCGUGUUCUGCAUCACAAGCAUCAUCAUCAUCAUCAUCACCAUCAUCCGCAUGUGUCAGACGCCAGCAAGCAUCCAGCGAGUUCACCGCCAGCCCCCUACAACACACAGGCACAAGCACCGCAAGCCCAGAGUCCACCACCAAGCUAUAACGCAAUUGAUUUGUCCUUUAAUGGCUACAACUGGACUUAUAACUAUAGCAAUGACACCAGCCAAGAUAUGACCCCUUGUCAGGGCAACUGCAUGGACCCUUGUACGCAGCAGUGCUCAAUGAGUCAGGACUGCUGCUGCUGUGACCCCAACUUGAUGGCCCAGACCCAAAUGGCUGCCGCCCCAGCCGCCCCAGCGGCUCCAGUGGCCCCAGCGGCCCCAGCAUACCAACAGGUAGUUCCAAUGGCUCAACCUGAGUACCAGCCCCCGCCUAUGCCAGCGGUCCAACCGGAACAGUGUCCGAUGGGCUGCAAAAGGAACUGUUUUACUUACUGCCCGCGUGACUGUUGUGGUGUGGCGGGAAAACGGGACAAGGUUCUGGGCUCUGGGAGUAAGGAGGACACCGCCGACCAAAUGGAGAACGAGCAUGAGGGGAGUGGAAAUGAGAGCGUCGCUGAGGAGACUAAACAGAGUCAAGUAGAGGACAGCGAUGAACAGCAGUCUACCAAGAGCAGUGAAAAGGAAGACGACAGUCCAAAGUCCGAAGAAGAAACAACUGACACUGAUCAGGAGGGAAGCACGGAAAAUCAGAACGAUGAAGCUGAACUCGAUGAUUGAAAGGAAUGUUGUCGUACAACGAUGAACUAAAGUCACACACUUUUGAGAGACAUAAUUUACCAACUGAACGUCUCGUGAUACCAACAGAAAUUAAAGUCUUCUAUGUCGAGGAGAGAAUAAUUUCAAAGAGGACUAAUUCGUCGAUCCUUGCUGUUUGUACUUUCCUCAGUCAAUUAAAAACUUAUUGUAAAAAGUUCACACACUUAAUUCAGUUUUUAAAAAUUCAAAUUAUCUUGGGAACAGUAACAUAGCAGGUGUACUAUUUCAGUACAAUGUGCAGAGCUAAUAAUUUUUUAGCUUCUUUCAGGCAUAUAUCUUAUUUCGCUACUAAAGAAAAUAUAUUGUUAGAUUGCUCCAGCUUUUGUAAGGCUUAAAACAUACUUCAGUGAAACCUGAAACGUCAGAUCUCUUAUAUGUUGCUGGGUAACCUAGCAUUUGGAUAAAACAUCUUGGACAAAUAAUAUUUGUAAAGCUAAGGAACGCGUGUUUAAAAGAAUGUAGUUCAAUUUACGCAGCCCAUCAUCUUAACUAGAUUUCAGUUUCAUAAACUGUGUAACUACAGAGGAAGAAAUAAGACAACUGUGAAAAUUACAAUUUGUUAUUCAAAGAAAGUAUAGUUUGGGUUAGGGUAAACAAUGAACAAUAAAAGAUAUUGUAUUUAGUUGAAAAACAAAACGAUUACAUAAGGAAAAUCUUAAUUUGUACAAUAUAUAUAUUAUUUUGACUUUAAUAAAUUUCAAAACUUACUGUA